CACUCUCAGCUUUGCUCAGCCAUUUUUAUUGCUAAGCAACUGAUAUUCGAAAAUACAUUAUACAGUUCUAUUAUACAUUCAGAUCAGAUAGAUUUUUCUGUUUCUGAACACAGAAACAUUCAUCCAAUUCACAUAUACAAGGUUGUUUUCUUGAUUUACAAAAGAGGGAAUUUUUUUUCUCUUCCUCUUAAUCAACUUCUUUGAGUAGCAAUUGAUGGGGUCUCUUGCGGAGCCAGUCAUGGAAGAAAAUUACAGCAAACCCCCAGGAAUUAGGUUUAUGGAGAGGGCAAAGAAGUCAAGUCUCUCUUUCAAAACAUAUCAAGCCAUAGUCCUAAUUGUUACUUUUUUAGCAUAUGCAAGUUAUCAUGCUACUAGAAAAACUACCAGCAUUGUUAAAAGUGCACUUGAUCCCCAAUCCCCUGAGGUGGAUAGCUUAAAGCUUCCGUGGCAAAGGCAUACCACUCAAGAAAGUUCAAGACUUUCUUGGAUGCUUAAAGAUGGUUGGUUGCCAUUUAACGGACCCGAUGGUACGGCUAUGCUCGGUCAACUUGAUGUGUCUUUCCUUUUUGUAUAUGCCAUGGGAAUGUAUUUUUCUGGGCACGUUGGCGAUAGGAUGGAUCUAAGAAUAUUUUUGACAAUAGGAAUGGUGGGAACUGGUUUAUUCACUGCACUUUUUGGAGUUGGAUAUUGGGCAAAUGUACACAUCUUUUACUACUAUCUAAUAGUCCAAAUGAUGGCUGGAUUGUUCCAAUCAACUGGUUGGCCUUCAGUCGUCGCAGUUGUUGGGAAUUGGUUUGGGAAAAAGAAGAGAGGACUUAUAAUGGGUAUUUGGAAUGCUCACACCUCCAUGGGAAACAUUACGGGUUCUUUGGUUGCUUCAAUCUUCUUGAAGUAUGGAUGGGGUUGGUCAAUGGUUGUUCCUGGUAGCAUUAUUGCUAUCAUUGGCGUGCUGGUAUUCCUUUUUUUGCCAGUUCAUCCCGAGUCUGUCGGAGCAAGUAAUGAUGAAGAUGAAGUGUUCUCUCCUAGAAAAGAAGGCGAGGAAGUAACAGAGCCUCUUUUGAGAUCAGAUAGAGAAGAGGAAUCAGCCGUGGGUUUUAUAGAAGCAUGGAAGAUUCCAGGGGUUGCACCUUUUGCUCUUUGCCUUUUCUUUGCCAAGUUGGUAGCAUACACAUUUUUGUAUUGGCUGCCUUUCUACAUUAGCCAUACAGCUAUAGAUGGAAAGUAUUUGUCCAAUGAGGAGGCUGGAAACUUGUCGACGUUAUUUGAUGUUGGAGGGGUAGUAGGUGGAAUCCUAGCAGGUUACAUAUCUGACCGCUUAGACGCUAGAGCUAUAACCGCUGCCAGCUUCAUGUACUGUGCUAUCCCGGUUCUCUACUUGUAUCGGAGCUAUGGACACGUCUCCAUGACCAUAAACAUCAUCCUCAUGUUGAUCACCGGAGUGUUCGUGAAUGGGCCUUAUGCAUUGAUAACAACUGCUGUUUCGGCUGACCUGGGAACACAUAGCUCUUUGAAAGGCAAUUCACGGGCGCUUGCAACUGUUACUGCCAUUAUUGAUGGCACAGGCUCAAUUGGAGCUGCCAUUGGACCACUGCUAACAGGUUACAUAUCAGCUACGAGCUGGAGUGCUGUUUUUACAAUGCUCAUGGGAGCAGCUUUUAUAGCUGGGCUGCUUCUAACCAGGCUUGUUGUAGCUGAAGUCGGUGCAAAGAUUCAUCAAUUAGGGUCCCAAGGAUCACCUAGAUCAAGGUCCCCUGACCUUGAAGUGUGAAACCAAAUGGUAAUUCUUUUAUUGCUUUCUGUGAAUGCAUUUCCAAGCCUCAAUUCGGAUAUUAGCCUCCGAUCACAGAGAUUUAGAGGUGAAGAUGCUAAAAUCUAAGUCAAGAUUUCAGGUGGCAUCUUGUAUAAAGUCAAGAAAUGAGAGGGUUUUAUUAUCCUUCUCUGUAGUGUAUGGGAGUGAGAUUAAGAGGGGGAAAAACUGCUGAUCACUCCCAUGAUAAUGAAAUACCAUUUCAUUUUCACAUGUACAUUCUUGUGUGCCAAAAAAAGGAUCAAAUACAGCAUUUAGUGUAGUGGGAGCCUGGGUUAUUGAGAGUUUUGUACAUCAUUUUUUUUUGGAUUGAAUAAAGCCAGUGCAUCCUCCCAAAAGUUUUAGACUA